AGAAGCUACCGGCGACCGAAAACAAAUCUCCACCUGCUCUGUCGACGGCUGCGUUCGAUCCGUGAAAAGAAUAGCAUACCGUGGAAGCAGAGGCAGUAGGAGAUCUUGAUUGCUCCAGUGUGAAGAAGAGGCAACAGCAGAUGGCGGCUUUCGCGAAGCUGGAGGAUUCCCCUAUGUUCAGGAAACAGAUCUUUUCUUUAGAACGAGAAGCCGACGAGCUAAAAGACCGCUGCCAAAAACUUCAAAAGGGAUGUAAGAGAUUUAUGAACUCAAUUGGAGAAGCUUAUGAUGGAGAUUUCUCCUUCGCAGAGUCAUUGGAAGCUUUUGGUGCUGGCCAGGAUGAUCCUACAAGUGUAGCCAUAGGAGGGCCCGUCAUGUCAAAUUUUACCACUGCAUUUAGGGAAAUUGGCACUUACAAAGAACUACUUCGGUCUCAAGUUGAACACAUGCUUAGCGAUCGUCUGAUGGAGGUCAUUAGUGUUGAUAUGCAAAAUAUAAAGGAUUGUCGCCGAAGGUUUGAUAAGGCUUCAUCAAGUUAUGAUCAGGUACGUGAUAAAUUCAUGUCUCUUAAGAAGGGCUCCAAAAAAGACGUGGUCACGGAACUUGAAGAGGAUCUACACAACUCAAAAUCAUCUUUUGAAAGAUGCCGGCUUAACCUAGUUAACGCUCUUGCUAGUUUUGACGCAAAGAAGAAGUAUGAGUUCCUUGAAUCUAUUAGUGCAGUAAUGGAUGCUCAUCUGAGAUAUUUUAAGCAGGGGUAUGAGCUGUUGAACCAAUUGGAGCCUUUUAUUCAUCAGGUUUUAGCAUAUGCACAACAAUCAAAGGAAAUGGCCAAUGCUGAACAAGACAAACUUGAAAGGAGGAUUCAGGAGUUCAGGACUCAGGCUGAGCUGGCGAGCUUAAGAGCAUUAAGCCAUGCAGAAACCUCAACAAGUGGCGAUGGUAAUCUUUUAGCUGGCAGUAAUUCAUACAAAAGUAUAGAAGCUCUAAUGCUAUCUGCUGCAAAUGGACCGGUUCAAACAAUAAAGCAAGGAUAUCUUCUGAAACGCUCAUCUGGUUUGAGAGCAGAAUGGAAUAGAAGGUUUUUUGUGCUUGAUAGUCAUGGGGCAUUGUACUACUACAGACACAAGAACAACAAACAUCUGGUUGGAGAUAACAUGGGGAGUCGUACAUUUGAUCUUCAUACUUCAACAAUUAAGAUUGAUGCUGAACAAACAGAUCUCAGAUUUUGCUUCAGAAUAAUUUCACCACUUAAUACAUACACUUUCCAGGCGGAAAGUGAAGCAGAUAGGUUGGACUGGGUUGAUAAGAUUAAAGGAGUUAUUGCAUCACUUCUGAAUUCUUCACUAACAAAGCAGCUUUCGAUGGGAAGUACCGAUAUGCAUAAUAGCAGGUUCUCUGGCAGCUGUGAAGUUUCAUUGCUGGCUGGUGGAGUGAAUACUAAGGGAUUUGAUAAUGUCUCUAAGAUUCUCAGAUGCAUUCCAGGAAAUGAAGCUUGUGCAGAAUGUGGCGCUCCAGAGCCCGACUGGGCUUCAUUGAAUCUUGGAAUCCUUAUGUGCAUCGAAUGUUCAGGGAUUCAUAGAAAUUUUGGUGUACAUAUAUCAAAGGUCAGAUCUCUUACGUUAGAUGUAAAAGUAUGGGAACCAGUCAUCAUGGAUUUAUUUCAAGCUUUGGGUAAUUCUUACUGCAAUUCGGUGUGGGAAGAAGCACUUUUUCUUCAUGAUAAGAGAUUGGAUGAUUUAAAUGGAAAUUCCUUGUUCAACCGCAAACCAAGUGCUAGAGAUGCUUUUUCUGUAAAAGAAAAAUUUAUACAAUCAAAGUACGUAGAGAAGAUUAUGAUUUCCAAGGAGGAUAACCAGCCUGAUCUUCCUCCGGUCAACCUCCGCAGCUGGGAAGCAGUUAAGAGCAGUAAUAUCCGAGCCAUGUAUCGGCUCCUUGUGGUGUGUGAUGCUAAUCCUAAUACUGUUUUUGAUGGGAUAAGAGCCAUCGGAUCUACGAACAUUCCGGAGGGUUGUUCCUUACUGCAUUUAGCAUGCUAUAUUGGUAAUCCUGUCAUGGUAGAACUCCUGCUACAGUUCGGUGCCGACAUAAAUAAAAAGGAUUUCGAAGGAAGAACCCCUCUUCACUGUUCUAUCUUCAGAAAGAAUGAUUUGCUUGCUAAAUAUCUAAUUAGAAGAGGUGCGAACACAUUGAUUAAAGACGGUGGGGGCCUGACUUGUCUUGAGAGGGCUAUGGAAUUGGGAGCAAUAACUGAUGAAGAGCUGUUUAUAUUGCUUGCAGGCCAUGAGUAAGACAAACCAUACCUUCUGCUACUCUUAAUAUAAUGAAGCUUAAUUUAUAUACUCUCAACUACGAUGAUUAUAGCCCUCAUUCAUUAAAGACUUCGUUCGAGGUGACGGUAAUUCCAUAUAUGUAUUCUUUUUUUAUUUUCUCAAUCCCUCCCCUGAAUUCUUGAAAAAGCUAAAGCUGUUCUGAUAUUUGUGAUACUUCACUCUACAGCAUUAGUCUUUUCAACAUUUUUUAAAUUAUUGCAGUAUUCAAAGAUUCUGCAUGUAUUCUAAUGUUUGCAGUUCCCUUUCUUUGAAUCACAAUUGUUUAUAUAUAAUGUAUCCUGUGAGAAACUGUGUGAUUCUUCUCAAUUGCUUUCAUGGCACAUUAUUUAAACCU